AUGCCGGUGCUGUGGCGGUGCCCGCGUCCCUCAGGAUGCCGGUGCUGCGGCGGGGCCCGCGUCCCUCAGGAUGCCGGUGCUGCGGCGGGGCCCGCCUCCCUCAGGCUCCCGCGGCUCCCCCCAGGCCCCGCCCGCAGCCCCGGCGGCCGCGCAGGCGCAGCUCGGGCCGGGCGCUCCCGGCGUUGCCGUAAAGCGGCACCGCGGCGGUUCCGGGAGGAGCGGCUGCUGUACCUUGGAAGGGAGUAUCCCAAAGGAGCAGACUACUUCAGAAGCCGUUUGAAAGCAGCUUUUCUAAAAAACAAAGAUGAGACAGAUCCUGAAAAAAUUAAGCAGCUGAUUGCCCGGGGAGAAUUUGUUAUAAAGGAGCUGGAGGCUUUGUACUUUCUGAGGAAAUACCGAGCCAUGAAGCAGCGCUACUACAGCGAUGACAAGCCCUGACUGUGCCUGUAACCACACACACCCAGGAAAGGUAACAAUAAAAGAGCUCUAACUGCAAAGAAGUGACAUGUAAAUCCUUCCAACCCCUCUACAGCACAAAUGAAGGAGCUGCUUUCCCACCAGAGGUCACUUGAAGGGUUUGGGUGUGUAGGUUAUAGGUAAUAGGUUUUCCUGUGCUGCUUUUGACCUCCCCAAACUAAAACUUCAGGUAUGAAAGGAUUUUGCAGGAAGGAGUGGUUGCACAGCACUGUUUUGUUUCACUUCAAUGUAUGUGUUGAACAGAAACUCUUACGCCAUAGCUGUGUGUUUGGGUGUCAGUUCAAGGUGCUGUGCUUGUAACCCGAAAGAUGAACCUGAUUUAAAAUCCUCCACGUUGAACAAUCUGUUUCUGCUGGAAAUGAGCACCCUCUCAGAAGUGAGGUUCGCAGCCCUGGAGAGGGAGUGGUCAGUUCUGGUCUCCACAGUGCAGGAAAGACAAGGAGCUACUGGAGAGGAUCAAGCAGAGGCCAUAAACAUGAGGGGUCUGGAUCAUCUCUUAUGAGGAGGGAAUGCAGGAGCUGGGCCUGCUUAGCCCAGAGAAGACUGAGAGAGGAUCUCAUCAAUGCAUAUAAAUAUCUCAAGGGUGGGUGCCAAGAGGACAGUGCCAGGCUCUUUUCAGUGGUGCCCAGCAACAGGACAAGGAGCAAUGGCCAUAAAUGUAAAGCAAGAAGUUCCACCUCAUGAGGAAGAAUUUCUGUACAGAGGGUGGCAGAGCCCUGAACAGUUGCCCAGGGAGGGUGUGGAGUCUUCUUCUCUGUGGACAUCCCAAAGUCACCUGGACUUGUUCCUCUGUCACCUGCUCCAGGUGACCCUGCCUGGGCAGGGGAGUUGGAUUAAAUGGUCUGCAGAGGUUCCUUCUAACCCAGACUAUUCUGUGAUUCUGUGAAAGCAAAUUCUUAGUUUUUAACCUCAUCUGCUCAACUUGCAGAAGCGCCACCUUGCUACAUCAGGGAGACAGCUGUGGGGUCAGGAAAGGGGUGAGUUUGAACAACAGUGCUUUAAGCACUUGGGCCCUGAAGACAACUCCUGCUACUGCUGAUUUCUGCUGGUGUGUAACUGCUGCAGCAGGAAUAGAAAACUUGGCCUUUGCCCCUGGAAGAGAAGUUUGGCUGUGGCUGUUUGCUCCAGGCUGUCUCUGUAGGCCUUGGCUCAACUCACACUUGUGUCAGAGCUGAUACUCUCUUGGGUUGGUUGGUGUUUCCACCAACUAAAUGAGACUAGAGAGAAAAAUAAUCUUUGAAAUACAAGUAAGGAAUCACUGCAGUAGAGCUGUUGGCAGUAGCAAGUCUUCAUACUGGCGCUAAAGAGUGUUUUAAGGUCAAAAAAUUGCCAGCAAAGGCAUCAGCAAAACUGGUAAAAACUGGUAAAAACAUAAAAGUGUGACCGAGUCCAUUCAACAAGGUUCACUGCACUAUUUACUAGCUGGUUAAAGCACACAGAGAAAACACAAACUAAUAUCAAUCAAAACCAAAAUCAACCAAAACUUAUCUCUGAGGAUACUGGGGAUACAAAAAGGUUAAGAAUGUAAAAGGCUAAGGAUAAAAUGAGUAAGUGACUCACUGGGAGCAUCUCCUAAGUUCAGACUGGAUCCCCUGCUGCUGAACUGAGCCCCAGAUCUGACCAGUGAUUUAUACCUGAAGGUUUAACAGCACUUAAACUUAACAGUACUUAGUCCAGUUUAAUUUAAAACAAUUUAACUAAAGAUUCAUACAGAAUUUCCUAUAAGUUCAACAGCAACUCAUAGGCCUGAGUUACUUGCCAAUCUACAGUACUUAGAAUCUCUGAGAACACUAUCCAUAGUAGAUUUUCUGUAGCAUAUCCACACUCACAAACAGUCCUGAAGGAGUAUGUAUGAGGUAUAAAAUUUCCCUGGAAUUCACUGAAGCACUUACCUUGGAUACCUUUGCAUCUUGUCAGUGGCUGAAGGGUUGAGCCUCAAGGAAGGGGGGCAUCAUUCCACGCUCUGUUGUCACUGCUGGCUCUCCAAAUAGCAAACAGGAGUUCACUGGCUCUGAGGGGCUGCACACAGAGGGAGACUUCUGGUCACUGCCCACUGCAGUCCAGGAGAGCUCCAAGGGCCUCACUCAGGAGGCUACUCUUUAUAGGGUCACAAGUGAGGUGGGUUUAGUCACAGCAAUUUUCCAUCCUGAAUACAGUCCAGGUUGGUAACUUCCUUUGAAAUUUGAAAAGCAAAAAUGCUGUUCCAUUGGGGGUAUUCUUCAGGCAGGCAAAAUAAGCUUCUAGGGCUAUUGGUUACAAAGCAGGAGCUCUUCAGACAGUAUAAAUUCCUGGGAGCUGUUUCUGAAGAACUCGAGAGGAGCUCAGCCCAGGUGCUGAAUGAGCAUUUCUGACAUUACAGCUGGCCUAAGGAGGAGGGGGGUGGGGGAUUCAGCACCAUCCUCACAAAAUUUAAAAAGUGAUGGCAGAGUACAGUACCUUGUAAUGAAAUGCACAUGCUCCAGUUUCUGCCACCACUCUGACGUGAAAAACUCCUUCCACAUCAGCUGAGCUCCUCUGCACUUCCACCUGCUCUGAGCAGCCACCCCUCUCAAAGACAGGGACACCAAGGGGGGCAAGGACAGCAGCUCUGGGACAGGCAGCACCAGCAGAAGUGCAAGAAAGACUAGGGGACAACUGCCAUGGAACUUGUGGGAUGCUCUGUUACCUGAAAUUCUUGCAGAGGAAAAGGAAACUGGGACAGACACAAUAACUAUUUUUUUAUUACAUUACAAUAAAUAGGAGCAGUACAGUUUGACAAAAAAAUGACAAAUUCCAGAUCACCUCACAGCACAUACUCCUAAAAACAUUAAAAAUUUUAAAACAAACAGUGGUCUUUUUUUUUUUUCCUUUUUUUAACUUAAUGUCUGGCAUGACCAACAUUCCUAGGUCACACAACCAAAUUAUGGAAAAACUGGAUCACACUGCAUAUGUUCCACAUCCAAUAAAGCACAAUGUACAAAAUGUGCAUGUUUCAGUUUACACUAUACAAAAAUAGUUAAAAUACAUUCCAGGUAAACAUAUUACAUUAAGAAGUCAUUCUAGUAAGAAGUUGGCACUCAAGAGGAAAAAGCAGAAGUAUUUUCAACAUGAAAACACAAGACAGUGGAAUAAAGAAAUGUUAGGAAAGAUUUACCAUCUAUGUAGCUUUAUGUAAACUUGAGACACAAUGAUUUGUUUUACAGUUUGAUGGUCUUUGAAGGUAAUAAUUGUAUUGCUUCAUAGUCUAGACAAGAGCAGAAGAUUGCGUGUGUCAGUAUUUACCAAUUAUCCUGUUACUGCAACAAAGCCCACUCAGCAGAAGAGUAGCAAAAAAAUUUCAGGGCACUGAAACUGGUCAGAAUAAUUCCUUUUGGAGCAAACCAAGGAUCCAGGUAUUUAGCAAAGUUACAUAUAGCUACUGUAAGAAGGUAUUACUCCCUGACACAAGGCAGUUUGAUGUGGUGACAUGGGCAGUGACUCCUAGGCUUGCUCAGGAGCUGCUCUCAGAACACAGCACCCAGGGAUGUUCUGUGGAAGCAUCUCAAACAGGGCAGGACACUGCAGUGAUGAUGGAGCAACUUGUGCAAGCUGCAAUCCAAAGUGCUUCACCAAAUCUCAACAAGCAGGAAGACAAAACUGCACAACAGUGGCAAGGAUGGGGUUGGGUUUUUUUCAAGUAAAUAAGGGCUAAUUUAAAUGGAUUUUGUACUAAUUUAAUUAGACUGGCAGCUACAGCUCACUUUUGCUGAAAAACCCCAGCAUUGGUUCAUACAUAGCUUUAUAAUAGAGCUAUAGAAACCCGCUUUUGAUGAAUAAGAUAUUUCAGCUAUAAAGUCUCCUAACAGCUUUAAGUUAAAUUAACAUCAGAAUUUUUGACCAGCCCUAAUUUGACAUGCAGUGUGACUCAGUUACCAAAAUUAAAAUAACCUUAAGAUUACUUCUAUUUGCUCAAGGCUUACAACCCACUUUUGCUAUGUUCUUCGUCUAUUAUGAAGAGUGUAUAAAAUGUGCAAGUAACUGUCUCCAACACAUUUUAACCUUGCAAGCUCUGAAAUAUUUUGUGACGUUAAGAAUCUGUUCUUACUCCUUAUUGGUCCUUACAAUAUAAAGUUAAGUUCUCCUGUUCCUGUUUUUCAGAAUAUUUCAUAACUUAGAUUUCACACUGAAGCUGAGAGGAGUGGUGUCGGAACCCAGGACAUCCCUCUGGGUGCCCGGGAUGGCUCAAGCCCCUGGCAGGGGGCUGGGGAAUUUUAGAAGGAAGCCAAAGACUUCCUUCUAAAGGACUAAAAGACUUGGGAUUUCGAUUUAACCCAUGGAGCAAAUUACCAACCUUGUAUGACGAAUUACAAGUCACAAAGUUUAAGUAGAAUGAUAAUGAAUUUAUCACAGGCUGAAAAGCGGAAUUUUGAGGAUUUUACUAUAGGGGUCUAGGAGGCAAGAGGGAGGGAUUUGGGCAUUGUCCUGUCCUCCUUCCUUCUUCCUAGCCUCCAUCUUCUGUGUGAUGCUACUUUUGGAUUGGUUUAGAGUAGAAGUAGACAGUGUAACACAGGUGACAGGUAUUGGAAAAUAACGGCAAAUAAAGUACAUGUAGUUCAUAGUAUAAAAUGUUGACACCAGCACAAGGGCGGGCAGGGUGCCUCAGACAGACCUGUUGAACAGAUCUCUGCGAGUCAAAAAGAGCAUGUUUUAGAUAAGAGACAAUCAACAACCUUGAAAACCAGAGCCAAGGGAUUCUGACUCCUUCAACCAUCGGGCUGGGAAAAAAGGACUCUUGGGGUCAUCCUGACCGCAGGAAACCCAAGAGAGUGGAGGGGUCUGGAUUUUGGUGAAGGCUGGGAAGAGGGGGCACAGGCAAGAAAAUGCCUGAUUUCUCCCAGACACAAUGGAAUUAAAGAAUAUGGAGCAAUUCAGACACUGUGUUCCCUGCCAGCUUUGCAGGUCCCCACCUACAACAGUCACUCUGAUUUUUUUGUAGAAGCAAAAUAAUACUUUUCACAGAAAUGGUCCAAGUUACACAGUCCAAUUUUUAUAUACAUGUGUAAAAAUUCCAUUGAAUACCUUAGGUUAUGGCAAUGCUGCUAUUCCCUGUUCCAAAUUUUCCAGUGUCCUGAACUACUCUACUUCAGUAUCUCGUGUUUUAUUUUUUGGGUACACCAGAGUCACACCUUCCAGUGUCACUCUGCAGCUGAGUUAGCUCCUGUGGAGAAGUGCACCUUCAGGAACCAUAGCUCUCCUGAAACAACUCUACAUUUACAGGGAGACACCAAGAACUGGAAAUACUGCAACUACUGGCUCGUACUUCAGUGGAUAACUAGGCUACUGGAGUACCAAAAAGUAAAA